UGGUGAGUCAUGGGGUGGGUCAAUGUACUUGCAGGAAUUAACCACAGUGCUUCGCUAGGCUCGCGAAAAAAAAAGUUAAUAAAAUAAAGCUCUUAUUUUGGCAGAAGCAUUUCUUAAUCUUUCGCGGGAAAAGGUGCACUUUUGAGUUGACCAUUUUUUUUGGCAAAAUGUUGCUUUUGAAAAGUUUCCUCUUUGUCUGUCUGACCUCUGUUUUGGUCAGAACGAACGAAAGCUCUGAGAGAGUGCCUGAAGAUGGAGGUACCACCCAUUUUCUCUCCGUUCUGGCUGGAGGGCAUCCUGUUGGCCCUCCAACUUCGAAAGCCUGCUUGCCAUCCUUGCAGAUUGAUGACGGGUUUGAUCUGAAUGACGCUUUGAAAGAUGAUCCCACUGAACCCUGGGAUGACAAUGAUGGGUUUGAUCUCAGUGAUGCUCUUGAAGAUCAUUCUACUAAAGCCUCACAUGACAAUGAUGGGUUUGAUCUCAAUGAUGCUCUUGAAGAUCAAUCUACUAAAGCCCCCCGUAAUGAUGAUGGGUUUGAUCUUAGCGACGUUUUCAAAGAUGAUCCCAUUAAGCCAGCAGAUGACAAUGAUGGGUUUGAUCUCAAUGAUGCUCUCGAAGAUCAUUCUACUAAAGCCCCCUCUGGUGGUUUUAGUGAUUCUGAUCUUGAAGAUGUUGUAAACAGUGAUUAUAAACCUGAGAAGACCAAGUCUAAAGAUCAGAAGCCUCCCACACCGAUUGACCUCAUCGGUGACCUGGUGAUGGCUUUAAUAGGUGGAACAUCUGAACAAGUGAAGAGGUUGUGCUUCAGUUUGCUGGAAAUGUUCACUGAGCAGUACACUGAUGCAAAGGACCAGUGAAAGGACACUCAACGGUUACAGUGCUCCUAUGCCAAAAGACCUGUUGGAAGGAACUGGAAAUGAUGACUGAAAAGAGAGUGGAAGGACAUGUUUGCUGUCCAACUUGAGACACCUUGGAUUCUGCUCAGGCUUCUUUCCUUGGGCACUCGUUAUGGUUCAGAACUGUUUUUAACUUUUUUUUUAAACCUGUUUUUGUUGGUUUGGAAUAUGUUAGCCUGCCAUGAUAAGGUGGGAUUUUCUUGUAUGUCUUUGUUUUGAAAGCUUUCAUUUUCAAACAAUGUUCUUCAUAAAGCAAUUAUAGAAAAAUUGCUGUAUGCGCUACUAAACAGCAAUUUAGGACAUUGCACAAUCACUGUCUUCCUGUUGCAGCUGUAAUGUGUAUAUAUAUAUAUUGAUAUACUUGGAGAUUUUGACAAAAAUGUUGAACGUUGAGAUACCUGUCUUAAUUAUAUAGUUUUUAUAGGAUGUACCUCAGUGUGUGGUGAAUGUGGGUGAACAUCAUAGAAUGAUGUUCAUGAUGGAAUGAUGAAUAGUUGACGAAAUGUGUUGAGCACAGUGAUGGGUUCAAAGGCUUUCGACCCCGGUUUUAGGUGGUGGUUGGUCCUGUGCGUCUACAGGCUGACAAAAGAACCAAAUCUUAGAAGUUACUGCUCAUGAUACUAUUGUGUGAACAAUUAAUUCAGUGGUAUGAUUUUCUGUAUCAGUGGAGGUGUUAUUUCAAUAACGACUUGUGUUUAUAUACUGCCUUCAACACUGGAAAUCAUUCCACAGUGUUUCACAAGAGUACCAGCAGACAAAAUCUGACCCCAAGCUACUCCAAGGGAGGUAAUUUUAUUAGACAUGUGUGCAGCAAGAGAGAGAAGACACAUUUCAUAGCCAAAAGCUUAGUAAAAGAGGUUUAAGGAGCCUCUUGAAGAAGAGAGAGGCUUAGGAGGGGGCUUGGGUGCCGAAGGUGGAGCGAAGGGAAUUAGGAUCCACAAGAGAACAGAAUUUAUUUUUAAAUCCGUUACUACUUCUGUUGAAGUAGCAGGCUGAAGAAUGCCAUAUGAUUAAUAUAAUAGUAGGAAGACUUUUUACGGGGCCUUGUGUGUUUAUUUGUUUUCAAAGUGCAAACGUUUAUAAAUAUGAAUCAAAAUGUCCAUGUAAGAUUUUAUAAUGCUCACAGCAGCACAUCUAUUUUUUUCGCUGUAGCAGUAGAGCAGAAACUUGUUGGGGAUUUGGUGUGUUGGGUUUUUUAUUUGAGGAUUAAAUGCAUGUUUUCUUCUCGGUAAGCCCUGCUGGUUUGCUCACUAUCCAGAGAAGGAGAGAAAUAUGGGGGAGUAUUCUGGUGCUUUGUGCCAAACGAAGGGGCAGGUAACAAGGGGUUCUUAUUAAGUGACUUGAUCGCGGUAGGAGGAGACGGAGUGAAGUGAUGGAAUCUCCCCAGUCUCUGUAAGUUAGGUAUUUUUAAAAACCCUCCGAACUUCUUCCCAUCAUUUGACUUGAAGAAAUCAAGUCCCAAGUGCUUUGAGGCAGGGACAUUUUACUGUCAGAUUUUGCUACAUUUGCUCAGUUUAAUUUGCCUUGGACUUGGUCUUUGCACUAUUUCCCCAUUCACUGGAUAUAACUCGUAGGAUGGUCACGUUUCAAGUCACAAAAAAUGUGUUUAAUAUUUAUUUGUGGGAUUUUAAUCACUGGGAAUUGCUGUUGUUACUUUAAUAUUAGUUACAACUGAGCACAGCCUGAAGUGGAAUUUGCUAAGUUGUCUGAAUGAGGACUCUGACUAUGAAUGGCUCGUAACCAUGCAAAUAAAUUGGCUUUGAAUUUU